GGGGGGAACAUGGCGGCCCCCAGGGGCCCUCAGCGGGGCCCGCUCCGCGCCCGGCACUGCCGCCGGCGGGACACGGCCCUGCGGGAGCUGCCGCCGGCCCUCGGCAGUCAUGAGGGCCGUACGGCGUGUCCCUGUGCAGAUACACGUGUGCGUGCAGAAUUGGUGAGCAGAAGACUUGAUUUUAAUGAAAUAUCCAGCAUGUGUUGAGAAACACGUCAGAAAAUCCAGCCAAAAGCUAAUGUCAUCUGAGUGACCCACAGACAGUGCAGAGGUGCCAAUGGAAAAUACCCCACUCCCUGAAGCUACUGAUGUGGAAGGAAAGGCAAAGUCAAUUGACAAUCCAGUAGAGAGACUGGAGGCAGGCCCAGGCAAGGAAGAAUGCCUUGAGUCCAUGUCCAAGAGGCAAAGGAAGAAGCUGUUGAAGCAGAAGCAGUGGGAAGAACAGAAAGAUCUACGGAGGCAGAAACGAAAAGAAAAACGCCAGAAGAGAAAACUAGAACGUCAGUCAAAAUUGGAUUCCAGUAGUGAGGGGAAUGCCAGAAAGUGCAUGCGCAGGGAAGUUGUUCCUAGCACACUUCGCCUCAUCGUGGACUGCAGCUUUGAUGACCUGAUGGUGUUAAAGGAUGUUAAGAAGCUUCACAAGCAGAUUCAGAGAUGUUACGCAGAAAACCGCAAAGCAUUUCAUCCUGUGCAGUUUUACUUGACCAGCCAUGGGGGACAGUUGAAGACCAACAUGAACGAAAAUGACAAAGGAUGGGUGAAUUGGAAGGAUAUCCAAAUUAGAACAGAGCACUAUAGUGAGCUAAUGAAGAAAGAAGACCUAGUAUAUCUUACCUCAGAUUCCCCAGAUGUUCUCAGAGAGCUUGAUGAGAAGAAAGCCUAUGUGAUUGGAGGACUGGUGGAUCACAAUCACCACAAGGGAAUUACUUACAGAAAAGCUGUAGAGCAGGGAAUUGGUCAUGCACAGCUCCCACUUGGAAACUUUGUCAAAAUGAACAGUCGGAAAGUGUUAGCUGUCAAUCAUGUGUUUGAGAUCAUCCUUGCAUACCUGGAGAAGAGAGACUGGAAGGAGGCCUUUUUCAGUGUCCUGCCACAGAGGAAAGGGGCUGUUCCUUUGGGAGACGCCAAUGAUUCAUCCAAACAUGCUCUGUCUGGAAAAGAAGAUGAAGACAAUGACUCGGACAGCAACUAGGCUUCAGAAUUGGAUGAUGGGAAGGACAAGAAAUGCAGUUCAUGGAAUAAAACUGGGACAUGAAGUAGUUUUACUUCACAGACCACCUGCUGCCCUUGUAAUGCUGAAUUGUCUCGGUGCUUGGUAGUCCCAGAGCUGUUUCUGUGCAUGAAGGGUUAAGUUAAAUGCAGGUUUUUACCCUUUUAGAACUUCAAUAUAAUAGCUUUUUAAAAAGAGGGGGGGAAAAGAAGAAAUUAAUGCAGCAUUUAUUUUUUCCCAGGGAAGCUGUUUAAUUUAAUUUUUUUUAUGUUAUUUUUUAUACAUAUCAAGUUGGGUGUAAAUGCCAAGAACAUUAGCAGUUAAUAUUUUAAUGUAUGCAGUCUUGUCUCCAUUUCUGUUUAAAAGUUUUCUUCAAAGCAAUGAAUGACAAGUGCUCCUUUGGUACCAAAACCUGUACCACUAGUGCCUGCUGCAAAGUGUGCAUGAACACUCAAAACAAAAAUUCUGAUUUUCCUGAGCAUCUCAACAGACAAUCACGAGCAACUGAACUGCCUGAUUUAUAUAUUGUGUUUAGUUAGCUGGGGUCAGUAGGUAAAGUAUGAAUGUAGGGUUAAGCCAGUGCUUUAUACUUGAGCUUGAGAGGGGUAGGUGUUAGCACAGGUGCAAAUCACGUGCCUUGGUGGGCACAUGGUGCACAUUGAGAUGACUCAAUCUCUUUUGAUUAUUUCUUUGUAUUCUCAGCAAAAUUUGUCACACAGCCUCAGAACAACACCAGGAGAGAGGAACUCUUCCUUACAGGUCACUCAGAUUCAGUAUUACUGUGUAAUCACAGGAUCCUGUAUGUAUUGUAUUGUCUGUCAAAUAUUUUUCCUUUAAAAAAAAAAGUCAUAAUCUUAGUCUUGGCUGGAUGUUCUGAUUCUGAUUCAUCAACUGACUUCAGUGCUGUGGCAGAGUAGUGAAGUGGACAUCUUGGAAUUGAGGCUUUGCUUCAGCCCUGAGAGCCUGCCUAUCCCUUUUUCUCCAGGGAGUAGCCAGGUAGCUGCAGUGCCUGAAUAAGUGCAGCUCUCACACAGGUUUCUCAUGCCUGAAGAGCUUGAGGUCAUGGCAUCCUAAGUGUGCCUCUCUGCUGAGCUGCAGUCAGAGGGCUGAUUCAGGUAUGAUUUGCCUUGUGCCCAUUUUUCUUGUUCCCUUCGUUGUUACUGCUUUCAAGUGGAGACUGCAAGUGGGUCCCUAUGGUCUGUAAAGGCUUGGCACCCAACUGGUUAUCACUGACACACUUAGUGCACCUCUCUCUACACUUUCCAAAAGGCCAAGAGAAAAGUUUCUUCUGUUAAAAGGAUGGAUUGUGGUUUGUUGCUGAAGUUCCAUGGGGCUUUUCUUAGGCUUUACAAAACUGUGAUUGCUUUGUUGCAAAAACUAGAUCAGCCUUUUCAUAAAAGCAUUGUGGGUUUUAUUUCUGUAACAGAAAAGGCAGCGUAAGUGUACCCAGCAUGUAUUACACUCAUUCUCUAACUGAAAUGUGUAAAAUUUCAAGGAAUUACACCUUUACAGCUGAGAGAACCUCAUGUUACUGCAUGUAGCACCUAUUAAACCUGAUCUAAGACUCCUCAGUCUGUCCAAGGUUCCCUUAAGACCAUUUCAUUUCUGGGCCUCAUUUACUCAGGCUUGAGAGUAUAGGAGCAGACGGUUCAGACAAACUGGGGACUUUUAGAGACAUGCUGAAAGGGUUCCAAAGCAUCUUACAGAACUGUUGUGCAACUUAAAACACAGCUUUACAACUUUACCAGUGAAAUUGGAUACACACACCCACACACAUACAGGUGUUUCUAAAUCCAGCUGUGUAAAUCUGAAGCUUACCUGUCUAUGGACAAAUAGAAGGAAAACAUGGUCUGGGGUGUGUUGCUAUUCUAAGGCUGUCACAACAGCUCAGUGGCUGCUGCCUGUUCAUCCAUGUUGCUUGUCUGACCCACACACUGGGGUCUUCCUGUCCCCCAUCAUAAAGAAGUGUGGCCAGCAGCUCAAGGGAGGUGAUCCUCCUGCUGCUGUGGCCAGAGCUGGGGCUCACGACAUAUGAAGCCCAUGGACCUGUUUGAGCAAGUCCAGAGGAGGCCAUGAAGGUGCUCAGAGUGCUGGAGCACUUCUCCUGCAGGCAGGCUGGGAGAGCUGGGGCUGCUCAGCCCAGGAGAAGAAAAGGCUCUGGGGAGACCUUACAGCACCUUCCAGUACCUAAAGGGGGCCGACAGGAAAGCUGGAGAGGGGCUUUUAACUGACAGAGGGUGGGUUUAGGUUAGAUAUUAGGAAGAAAUUCUUCACUGUGAGGAUGAGGACUUUUAAUUGUUUUUCAUUUUGGGUUUACAUAUUGUGUACAAGUUAUAGCCUUGUUUGACACUCAGGUGUUCUAGCUUGUGGCAUGCUACUUAAGAAAGCACAUUUAUUCCUCAUUUUCAAUCUACAGACCUGACUGCUCUCAAUAUUUUCAAGAUGGUCACUUGCAUAUUUCAGGCAUGGCCUACUAAUGCAUUACACCUGAAGCAGAGAUAAAUCUGUUUUAUAAUAAGAAAUGACAAGGAAUUUGUUUCUGAUAACAGUAAUCAAUAUUUACAUAGAGUGCUUUAGGCACUUCUUACAGAAAGAACUUUCUUUGAACCAGCUUUAGCUGUAUGAAGUUAAUGAAACUGUGGGAAAACACACUGAGAAGUUCUCUGCUUCACCCUGCUGUCCUCAGGGGAGAUCAGCUCUGACCUGCUUGUCUAGCCAAGACUUAGAGACCUCCGAUGUGAUUUGUUCCCAGGCCAUGAUGUUAAAGAACAGAACAUUAAAAAACAAUCUGCACAGAAGCUCUAGAAUAACAGGAUCCCUGUUUCACCACCAGGCGUCCUUGCUGAGCUUAAGAAAGCUCUGACUUUCAUCACUAAGCUUUGUAAAGUUUCAGGUACUGCCAGAACUAUUGCUCAGCAAUGCUGGGCAGCAGACUACAUCCAGAGAUCUUUAAACCUGUGUAGGAAAGCAUUAAGAACGCAAGAAGGUAUGGCUCAAGGAAUCUGAAAAGAAAGAAACAGAAAAUAGGAAGGGGAUAUGGCAGAAAGUAAAACCUUCUCACUGAAAUGGGAAAACUUGCUUUUAGUUGCAUGCAGUGGGAGGUCACAGCAAGAUGCCAUAAGUAAUCCUGUUGUUUUGUUCCCUUCCCACCAAGCCUCAAGUCUUGGUUCAGAUUUCUGAAGUCAGGAACCUCAGCAGUGUUUAUCUGCAUCCAUGUUGUGACAAUUUCCCAAACACUGUACUGCUACAUGUUACUGUACUUUCCCCCUUCUUGUCCAUUCCCUGGAUUCAGGGCUUCCACAUGUCCCAUAUGCUCACUGACCCUAUGUUUG